UCUGGAUCUGUGUUUCUUUUGCUUCUUUCAGGUUUAUGCCUCUUUUUCUCCAACAAACCCACGAUUUUUUUUAAAAUUUAGAUUCGUUUUUUGUGUUUGGACAUUGGGUGUUGGGGAUGUGGGGGUAAUUUAAAUUACGUCUUUGAGUGUUUAUAUUUGUUUAUUACAGAUGGGUCCUCUUUCUGUUUCCUUGUUUCUUGUUCUUUCGUUUCUCUUCGAGGGUUUUGGUGGUUUCUAAGUUUGUUUGUUUCGUUGUGGGUUCUGCUCUGUAUGAGAUCGAGUGGUGAUGAAUAUUUAGGAGGUGUUCGUUUGUGAAUCUUUGGAGGGGUAGCUCUAAGUUAUUCUCUUUAAUCUUAGAAGUAGAUGCAUGUAUUUGGGUCUGUUCUAUUUUUAAUGUGUUGCUAUGAUCCUCCUUUAAGCAGGUCUGUGAUUCUUUUGUGAGUCUCGGUUUGUUAAUGUUCUUCGUGGUUGGAGAAAUAGAUUAUUUUGUUGAGGUAAUGUAUUGGGUAGAAAGAAAGAACCAUGUUAGACUUAGCUUAGGCUGAUAUGGUUUUACUUAUAAUUUCCCAAUUAAGGUUGGCACCAGUGUGUGAAGCAUGCAUCCAAGAUCAGUUUUUCGUGCUAUAGAAGUUGUCUGUCAAAAGAUGUUAGUGAAGGUGAAUUGGGAUUUGACCAUUUUUAUGUCUAGAUAUUUCCCAAUCACAAUUCAAUGGUUCCCAGUUCUUGAGGCAUUUAGAUAGAUAACUUAUUCGUUUACAUGUUGCGAAGUCUCUUCCCUAUUGUUAGAGUGACAGAAACUAGGACAUUGAUCCAAUAGUUGUAUUAGAAACUUUAAAACAUUAAGUACCUACAUCAUCCUAAGUAGUUCGAGUAACUAAGGACAAUGCUUAACCACCGUAUACAUAGGUAUAUUUAACGUUUAUCUUGUGUGAUAGGUAAUACAUAUUAUACUCAAGGUGGGUUUGACCACUAGAUUCUCAUGUUGAUAAAUUUUAAAAACAUUUAUGGAGUGGCAAUAAGUUUUUCUCCCAUCUCUUCCUUUUCCACUCUUUCUUUUUGUAACAAAAUUCAAGUCACUCCUCAAGUCCAUGGGCACACUCCUAGAUAUUUGAUACCUGGUUGACUGUAGCUAAUAACCUGUCACAAAUAAAAGCUCAGCCCAUAGCUUAGUUUGUAUAACAUCUGACCCUAGAACUCUUCACAACCGUGAUACCUGAAUUAUUUACUUCUAUUGGUGGAAAAUGAGUCUCAACAAUUCUGUUAAAAUUUGGCCCUAUGGGGCGAUGUUUGGGUCCUGAAUAUCACUUGUCAAGACCCUACUAUUAACCUACCAAUAGAUUGUGCCCUUACUUGGUUACUACAGCAUCGAUGAUGUAUUGGUUAGCUGUCUGGCCUACUCACUUUUUUUUUCUUCUCGCUCCAUUUCUAUAUCAUAUUCCUCUCUGAAACUCGCAAGUUAUGUAUCCCGUUUAAAUAAAGGGCCGGUUUCUUUUACCUCUCUUCCUUUAUGAUUUUAUUUCCAAACAUACCUUGUGUCACUUCGUGCAGACAUCCUUUGGAUCUAUUCUCAUUUUCAUUGACCAUUUGUCUUACUUCUAUUGCAUUCCUUUUUUUCACUAUGUGUGCUGAAUUGGACAUCCGUUGCCUGCCACGCCACCCCUCCUGCCUUUCACAUUGUUGCUACAUGUUUCCAGUGGGAAGGGUCCAUCGGCAACUGAAGUCGAGGGUUGCUGCCAAUGGACGAGUUGGAGCUACAGCAGCCGUAUACACAGCCGCAAUCUUGGAGUAUCUGACUGCAGAAGUGUUGGAGCUGGCCGGGAACGCGAGCAAGGAUCUGAAGGUGAAACGUAUAACACCAAGGCAUUUGCAGCUUGCAAUCAGAGGAGACGAAGAGCUUGACACACUCAUUAAAGGAACCAUUGCUGGUGGAGGAGUCAUUCCUCACAUCCACAAGUCACUCAUUAACAAAUCCUCCAAGGAAUAGGCUUGAUCUGUUUUUUAUCUUCAUCUUACAGUUUAGUUGAGUGGUUGCUUGUCAUAUGCUCAGUCAUGUCAUUGUCUGGUCUAAUUUAGUAGUGUCAUAUUAUCAAAUUCUACUUUUGUGAUGAUUACUUCUAUCCAUUGAGUAGUAGGGGGAGGAGAUAAGAAGAUAUUUCUCGUUUUGUAAGUUUUAAGAUGGUAAAUCAUUUUCAUCUUUAGUAAUUUCUGACUCUGGGAUUGCUUUGACACUGUCAAAUUUACUUACCUGUCAAUGUAAUUGAUGACUUCGCAUUAUUAUUAUUA